AUUAAAACCACGUGGAACGAUCAGUUAAAUUUACGCGGCUAUUUCAUUGCAAUAAUGGCUGCACCUACAGACAUUCGGUGCACAUGUAAAGUUUGUACCAGAAUUCGUGUCACGAUUGACCAAAUAUUUUGUGUUCUAGAUCUAUAUGGUUGGUUAUUAAAUUCUUAUAUUGUGGAUUUUUUUCAAGACAAAUUAUGGGACAAAUUACCAGAAAGUUGGAGGUUCGCAUUACAAGAUACGCCUCCACAAGAAUUUGGAAAAUGGUUAUCGGGAGACAUCUCGUGCACACGUGUAUGGCCCUUAACAUUGCUUGCACUUCGCCAAGUAGCAAAUAUUUUACAAGUAAAUAGAGAUAAUGAAGAUCCAAAAAGUAUUAUGGCUUGUGAAUCUAAUAAAACGAAAACCAAUAAUAAUUAUAAUGAUACUCUUACAAUGAAUAAAAAUGAUAAUUUUGACAAGCUAUAUUCUCAAAAUCACAAAUUUAAUAACUUAUUUUCAAAACAUAUUAAAAAAAAAAAAAGAUAUGAGAUACAUGAAAUAGCACAAGUAUGCGCAGAAUGUGCCUAUGAAGCUAGUUGUAAAUGUAUUGUUGAUAUUGGAUCUGGAAUGGGUCAUUUAGCUCGUAUUUUAGCUUUUCAAUAUGGAUUGUAUGUUACUUGUAUUGAACAAGAUUGUAUAUUGUUGCAACAAGCUAGAAAAUGGGAUCAAGAAUUAUUGAUGUCUAUAAGAAAGCAUAUACCUACUUUCUAUCAAAAAUGUCCUCAACACUUUACAGCUAAACUAGAACCUUCAAAUUUAGUCGAAUCAGAAUUAGUUAGACAAUUAAAAGAAUUAUUUAAGAAUGAAUUUGAUCUAAAUGAAACAGAAACUGAAUUUGGACUUAUAGGACUCCAUCCUUGUGGGGAUUUAGCUCCUAUAUUAUUAAAGCUUUAUUCAUCUAGAAAUGAAGCCAAAUUUAUUUGUAUUGUAGGAUGUUGUUACAUGAAAUUAACAAUACAAUCAGAAAUAAACGGAUUAAAAGGUUAUCCACUUAGCAAGUACCUGUUGUGUAAAAAUCAUUCACUAACUUAUACAUCAUUAGAAGUAGCUUGCCAUGCUAUCGAGAAAUAUUGUGAUAAAUUAAAGAAUGGAGAUUAUGAAGAUUUAAUAGUACAUACUUAUAGAGCAGCUUUAGAAACUAUUUUAGUAAAAAAAAAUGAAAAAUUACGUCAUAGCCAAUUCAGAAAUGUUAAAGUAUCAAAAGGAAUGUCAUUUGAACAGUAUUGCAAUGCAGCUACUGCAAAUUUUGAUAGUUAUUUGCAACCACAAGAUUCUGAUAUUAAUGAUUCAGAAAUUAUUGGUUUUUUAAAACGAUGGCAACAAGUUAUAGUGUUUGGAUCACUUCGAAUGAUGUUGGCGCCAUUAGUGGAAACCAUUGUGCUUUAUGACAGAUUUUUAUUUCUGUCGGAAAAAAAUUUGACACCAACACUAAAACCAGUGUUCGAUAGUAGACUGUCACCACGAAAUUUAGUGUUAAUGUCUAGGAAAAAUAACUAAUUAGUUUACAGUUUUUAA